AUGGUAUCAACAACAGUUGAAACACCAACAAAUAAACAAACAAAUGUCACAAUAGCAAAACCUAAUAGUAAUAAUAAUAAUAACAAGAUAACAUCAACAAACACACCAUUGGCAUCAUCACCAAAUAGUCCACAUAGUGUUAGUAGUAAUGGUAAAUCAGAUGAUAUAUUCACUGAUGAAGAUGAUGAUGAUUAUUCAUCAGAUGACGAUUCAAGUGAUGAAGAUACUGAAAAUCCAAUUGAUAAAGAAAAAUCAAAACAGUUAAGAAGAAAUGAUAGUGUUUCAAAAUAUAGAGCAAAGAAAUUAUUAGAGGCAAUGAAUGGCAAUGGUAAUGGUAAUAGUAGUGAAGAUAGUAAUGAUGAGAAAAGAUCAUCACCAAUACCUUUAAUCGAUUCACCACAUCCAUUAAGAUCAAAUAGUAUUACAAGAAAUAAUAUAUCAUUAAUAGAUUCUCAAGUUAUAUUUCAACCAAAUACAAACACAACAACAACUACCUCAACAACAACCACUGCUGCUACAACACCUUCAAAUAGUAAUACCAGAGCUACUACUACUACUACUACUACUUUACCAGCAAUAUCAAAAUUAAAUAUUGACCAAACAUGUAAUAAUAAUAAUAAUAAUAAUAAUAAUAAUAAUAAUAAUAAUAAUAAUAAUAAUAAUAAUAAUAAUAAUAAUAAUAACAUUAAUAAUAAUAAUAUUAAUAAUAUUAAUAAUAAUUCAAAUAAAUUACCAGUACCAGCAAUUGUUAUACCACCAAGUAGUAUACAAGAGAAUAAAAAGAAAAGACAAUCAUUAGAUUCAGAUGAUGAAGAUUUUGGGUAUGAUGAUAAUUUACAAUUUAAAUUAAUUAAUUUUCAAAGAAGUCCACGUGGAACAUUGACAGGUAAUGAUGGUCUUAGACCAAUUAAUAAUCCAAUUCCAAAGAGACCUGUACUUCAAGUUGACCCAUCUCAAGAAUUAAUUAAUAUAGCAUUAAUUGCAUUAAGAACUAGUUUAAGAAUUGGUUUUGAUAGAAUUGAUUCUUUAACUCAACCACAAUUUGAGCAUUUUAAAAAAUAUAAAAUUUCAAUUUCAGAAAAGAAAUCAACAAUUAAAGAUUUUUCACCAAAUGUUUUUCAAGUUUUAAGAAAUCGAUUAGGAAUUGAUCAAACUGAAUUCUUAAAAUCUUGGUCUUCUUUUGUAUCACAUGAUGUUGGAAAAAAGAAAGAAAAUAAAUCUUCAAAUAGUACGAACACGACAACAACAUCAUCAUCAUCAUCAUCAUCAACUAGUACUGCACAAUCACCAAAUUUUAAUAGUAGUAAUAGUAGCAAUAAUAAUAAUAAUAAUAAUAAUAAUAAUAAUAAUACACCAAUCAUUACAACAACAGCACCACCAACAACAACAGCAGCAACAACAACAACAACGGUAACAUCAAAUUCAACAACAACAGCAACAACAACAGUAAAUUCAACAACACAAACAGGUCAAUCAUUAAAUAGCGAAUCAUUUACAAUUUUUUCAGCAGAUAGAAAGUUUAUAAUGAAAACGAUAUCAAAAUCAGAUUCAGUUAAAUUAAGAAAAUUAUUACCACAUUACUAUAAUUAUUUAGUUUAUAAUCCAAAUGCAUUUUUAGAGAAAUAUUUAGGACUUUAUAGAGUUGGUAAUAGUUCAACUCAUGCCUAUGUUGUAUUAUUAUCAAAUCCAUUCGAACAUCAUUUUUCAAUACCUGAUUCUUUUAUUUAUAGCGGUUUAGGAAGAAGUGGUUCAGAAUCACCAUCAACUUCAUCAUCACCAACUUUAGGUGGUAGAAAAUUUAAUAAAUCAUCAUCAUCAUCAUCAUCAUCAUCCUCUUCAGGAACACAACAAUCAUCUUCAUCAUCUUCUUCUUCAUCACAAAAAUCUAUUAGUUUAAAUUUAGAUGUAGUAGCAAGAGUUCCAAUGUUUAAACAAAUUGAAAAAGAUAUUACUUUUUUAUCAGGUCAAGAAUUUAUGGAAUAUAAUUUAGUUAUAGGUGUUACAAAAAUUAGAAAAGAUCAUUUAGAAAAUAAUAUAAAUAAUGCGAAUAAUAUGAAUAAUGCGAAUAAUAAUAAUAAUAAUAAUAAUAAUAAUAAUAGUAAUAAUAUUAAUAAUAAUAAUAAUAAUAAUAAUUUUAAUAAUGGUAUAAUUAGUAGUAGUUCAGAAGAUACUUUAAGUAAUUUUUCAAUAACAAGUGCGCCACCAACACCAAGAGGUGUAAAUAGUUUUUUAGGAGCUUUAAAUGGAAAUGGUGGAGAUUCACCAUUGCUUGGUAAUAGUGGUGGUAUACCUCCCCCACCAUCUUCAUUGGGUGGUGGUGGUGGUUCAACAUCAGGAUCACCACGUUAUUCAAGUGAGCCAAUUAAAUCAAUUCCACGUUUACUUUACUUUUUAGAGGAUGUUGAAAAUGUAACUAAAUCAAAUAAUUUAAAGAUUUCAAAAUCUUUAAAGAAAGCAUUCUCAACAUUACCAAGAUCUUGGUCUUUAGAAGAUGUAGUUAUAAAUUUAGAAGAUAAUACACCAAUAGUUUUAACAAGUUCAACUCCACCAAUUAUAACAAAUAGUGGGAAUAAUAUUAAUAGUAAUAAUAAUAAUAAUAAUAUUAAUAAUAAUAAUAAUAAUUCAACUAAUAAUGCAAAUCAUAUUAAUCAUGGUUUAUUAAGAGCAUCAAUGAAUGGUAAUAAUAAUAAUAACAAUAAUAAUAAUAAUGGUAGUAAUAUGUCAGUAAGUGCACCAACAUCACCAACAAUUCAAUCAUCAGUACCAACAAUAAAUACAACUGCAGCAACAACAACAUCAUCAACACCAUCACCAUUGUCACCAAAUUAUAAUAGAUUAAAUAUAAAUUCAAAGAAUAAUAGUAGUGGUAGUUUAAAGACAUGCUCACCAAGUGGUGGUGGUUACGUUCCAAAUACUCCAUUAGCUCAAAGAUAUCAAGGUGGUUAUCUUUCAAAUUGUUUUACUGUUAGUGAAUCAAAUAGUAAUGGCAAUAAUAAUAAUAAUAACAGCGGUAAUGGAGUUCCACCAAUUCCUUUAAAUCCAUUAUCACCAAAUUUCAGUAGUGGUAACAGCAAUAAUAAUGAUUAUUAUGAAAUUUAUUAUAUGGUUAUAUCAGAUUUUUAUUUACCACCAAAAUUAGUUGCUGAUAAAAAGAAAAUUACAACUAUUAAAUUUAAUAAUAAUCCCAAUAUAUAUUUAAAAAAGUUUUUAUCAAAUAUUAAAGAAGUAUUUAAUCACUAA